GUUAUGUCAUCCAGGGUCAAACCCCUUUGUACUUUUUGCACCCAUGCUGCUCUUGCGAGUUAAGUUGUUUGUCCAGUCCAGUGUUGCAGUUGUUUUAUAGUCACAGCCAUCAAGUCUUGCUGAAGACUCAUUUAACCAUCAAGCAUGGGGUCUGGAUUGUUGUCGUUGACAAUAGCCUUGUUUUGUGUGGGUGGAGUAGCUCUCUCCUACUAUGCCAUCCACAUCGAGCACAUGAAGUCCGAAAACAACGACUACCAAGCAACCUGUGACCUGGAUGAGAAAAUUUCCUGUAGCAAGGUUGUCACAUCAAAAUACUCUAGGGGUAUGGGAAUAGUUGGCGACUUGCUGGGGGAGGAUCACCCUCUCAACAUCCCCAACUCUUAUGGAGGACUGCUCUUCUUUCCAGUUAUGCUCGUACUGGGUUUUAUUCCGUCACGAACGAUAACCUUCCUGGCGGUCAUGAUCACUUCCUUCGCCUGCCUCACCUCAGUCUAUCUGGUCUACAUUCUCUUUUACAUAUUGGAGAUGAUCUGCCUUGUGUGCAUGCCAGUGCACUUCAUUAAUCUGGCCCUGUUUAUACUAUUCACCAUCAAGUGGAGCUCCCCACCCGGCAAAACUACCUCAAGUGCUGGCACAAAUUCUAACAUAAAGAAAUCACCUGCUGGACAAACUGGCAAGAAGAAAAAGUCCAAGAAGGAGCAGUGAUUGGAACUGGUGUGGUUGUUAUGGAAAAUCGUGAGAUAUACAUGUAUUUGAUAGGGUUUAUUUUUCUUUCUAGGAAUUGUAGUUAUGAAUCCUUUUGUGAUAGGACAUUUGCUGAUUCAUGACAAUAUUGUACAACAAAAGAUAACCAUUGUAUGACUUGA